AUGUCACCUCCUACGAAAAAGGAGAAUAUAUUCCUUUUCGUACCAAACUUGAUCGGAUACACCCGAAUCAUUCUCGCACUCACCUCCCUCUACUACAUGCCCUACCAUCCGCGAAUAUGCGCCCUCCUCUAUAGCAUCUCAUGCCUCCUCGACGCCCUCGACGGCGCAGCCGCGCGACGCUUGAACCAGUCAACGCGCUUCGGAACCGUUCUGGACAUGGUAACCGACCGCUGUACGACGACCUGCCUCCUCGUCUUCCUGGCAAGCGCAUUCCCACGUUGGAGCAUCGUCUUCCAGGGCCUCAUCAGCCUCGACUACUCGAGCCACUACAUACAUAUGUACGCGACGCUGGCUAUGGGCGGGAAUCGGAGUCACAAAGAGGUUGAUGAGGCGUGGCCGUGGGCUUUGAGGGUUUAUUAUGAGGAUAGGAAUGUCCUCUUCACAGUCUGUCUGUUCAACGAGUUGUUUUUCAUCGCGCUGUACCUUUUGUCCUUCUCCUCUGACUCUGAUGUGUCGGUCGAGAACUGGUCUUCGGCAUGGAGUGCGGGAGCGAUGGAGAUGGCUCGGGCAAAUAAAAUUGGGAGCUUCUGGCCUAGGGUUCUUUUCGCCAUUUCGUCGCCGGUCAUGCUCUACAAGCAGGUUGUCAACGUCAUGCAGCUCGUCCAGGCGAGUAGGUGGAUCGCUCAGGGCGACAUCGAGGCUCGGCGGAAAGAGAGGCGAAGUUCCUAG